AUGGUGCCAAGCAAAUUCGAAGAGAAUCACAGAGAUAAAUUCCCGGUUCAACCUUACAACAGAAUAGCUGAAGAUAUUGUUCUUGAUAGUCUAAGUAAUUUAAAGUUAAAAUCUAAAGAUGACGGAAAAACUGAACUCCAAAGAUUACAAGAACGUCUUAAACCUACAUCAGAAAAUAAAGAUUCUACAGAAUCUAAUAUUAAAAGUAAAGAAGAAGAUGGUGUAAAUGAAAAUGAUAAUAAUAUAAAUAAUAAUAAUACUGUUAAUGAAACAAAUGUCAACGGACAUGUCAGUAAAAUAGAUACAUCCAAACAAUUAAACGGUCUUGGUGGCAUCAUUGAAGAAGAAGAAAGUAUACAGGAUGUUUCUGAAAUGAAUAGUGAUAAUUCUGUUGAAGACAACAGUGUUUCGAUAGCUGAGUCAACUAAUGAACAGGAUGUUGUUAAUGGUGAUGUAGAAGAGAAAGAUGAUAAAGUAAUUGAGGAAUUACUGAAUGGUCACAGUGAUAGUGUAUCCGAGGAAGAAGAAAAAGUUCUAGAUAAUAUUUUAAGUGAUGAAGGUAGCCACAUGAAUGGAGUUGCAUAUGACAGAUAA